GCAACCAAAUCAUAAGGAAACAUAUUAUUAUUAUUAUUUGGAUAGCUUAUCCUAGCUAGCAAGAAUGGGCAGGUCUCCUUGCUGUGAUGAAAGUACUGGCCUGAAAAAAGGCCCCUGGACUCCUGAAGAAGAUCAGAAACUCAUCAACUAUAUCAACAAAAACGGCCAUGGCAGCUGGAGAGCUCUCCCUAAACAUGCAGGUCUUAAUAGGUGUGGAAAGAGUUGCAGGCUUCGCUGGACAAAUUAUCUGAGACCUGAUAUUAAGAGAGGAAAAUUUUCUCAAGAAGAAGAACAAACCAUUCUCAACCUCCAUGCCAUCCUUGGAAACAAGUGGUCUGCAAUUGCAACUCACCUACCGGGGCGGACUGAUAACGAGAUCAAGAAUUUCUGGAACACGCAUCUGAAGAAGAAACUGAUCCAGAUGGGGUAUGACCCGAUGACUCAUCGCCCCAGAACCGAUAUAUUCUCGAGCUUGCCGCAUCUCAUAGCGCUGGCCAAUUUGAAAGAGCUGGUGGAUCAGCACCAAUCCUCAUGGGAAGAACAAGCCGCCAUGGCUCGGCUGCAAUCCGAGAUGGCUAAGUUUCAGUACUUACAGUAUCUCCUUCAGACUUCUCCGGCUCCGGCGGGGCCCGCUUUCUCGCCCAACAACCUCAACAACACCGUAACUGCUAAUAAUAAUAAUAACAAUACUAAUAAUGUUUCGGAUAUGGAGGCGUACAGUCAUCUAUUGAGUACAGUUAUGGGCACCUCAUCGUCUACCCAAAUGGAAAGUUCCGUUUUGCCCUUGAGUAGCCUGGGACAAGCUAUUCAGGAUUCUGCUAUCCCGUUCUCUCAUCUCCCUGAUCUUCAACCUCCUUGCGCUAUCUUUCAGCAAUCCUCCGAUCACAACAAGGAUAAUAAUAUGGGUCAAGCACAAGGGAUUUCGGGGUUUACUGUGCUUAGCGACGGGGAAAACUCGCCCACUUCUCCUUGGCUUCCGUCCUCUCUUUCGCCGUCUCCUCCUCCGGCGGUCGGCCCUGAGCCGCCCACGGUGGUGGACGGUAGUGGCGCUUCCAGCUACGGCGGAGCUCCGCCUUCCUCGGUGGUUUGGCCUGAUCUCCUUCUUGACGACGACCCUUUAUUUCCUGACUUGUAAGAUAUAUGUCUUAUCAACCUUUUGAUUAAACCAUUUUCGAAAUUUCCCUUUUGUUUAUUCAGUCUUUUUUUUUUUUUUUUGGUCUUUUAGAUUUUCUACUUUUUUGGGGGUUUUAGUGUUUUACCGCUACACUAAUUACUGUUCUUUAGGUCUGUAUGUGUAUAUAUAUCCAUCCAGACUAUGUAUAAUUAUGUUUUUUUUCCUUUUGGGUGUAAAUGGGGAUUUGUUAUAUAUGCAUGGGAUUUGGAUGAAUGAA